AUGGAUCAUCAUUGUCCUUGGAUCAACAACUGCGUGGGGUGGAAGAAUCAGCGGCUCUUCAUUCUUUUUCUUGUCUACAUUGGUACUAAAGUUUGACUUUUCUUUUGCUUGGUAGUUUUUCUGAUAGAUUGACAGCUUCUACAUGGCGCUGAUUGAAAUUCAUCUUGAUUUGUGAUCCAAGUCUUGUAAAAACCCCUACCAGCCACAUGUUGACAGCGAGCCACACUACAUGCACUGCCUGCUCUUCAUUUUUCAAGAGAAAACCCCAUCAAACAUCAAUGCAGCCGCGCUUUCAGUCAUGACGUUGCUGAUGCUGGUAGGGGUGGUUAUAGCCUACUCUUAUUCGGAUAUAGACAUCAUGCAGGGCAACCAUAACUGGCAGCUACUGCUCGGAGUUCUCCUAACGGCAGAGAGCUUCUUCUUCCUCUUCUUCGUCGUGGUAUUUUUUUGAUGAGUUAUUGUUUGACGUAGCUGAGCAAAAAGAUGAAAGCAUUAACCGCGUUGCGAUCAUGUCACAGCUGCACCAUCUACUUUGUGUCCAUUUUACUUUCUGCUGCUUACCAUCUCACCAUUCAAAUUACUCAGGACUUUUUGAGCGAGCAAAUCGAGAGUUUGGAUAGCAACUCGACAUUGGUGGAGACGUAUCAGGGGAAGUCUGGUCCAAAACUCAACUUCUGGGAUACUGUAGAGGAUAUAUUUGGCGAGAACUACUUCCUGCUUUGGCUGCCAAUGCCGAAUCCAAAUGAAGCGGACUUUUAUGAUGUCCUCAUGUCACCGUGUUACACAUACACCUACACGUUGUCUUCUCCUAGAAGUAUAAGUUACAUCUUUCUACUUGCGGCAAGCUGAUAUCAUUUUUGAUUCUAGUGCAUCCUUGUCUUACUAGUCUGAAGAUUUUUUAGAGGACCACUACCAUGGCUAGUAUAAGGUAUGGUACAACUAUCGCCAUCGACAUGGUUCCCCUUCAACUAACAUUCCCCUACGUCUCUUGUGAGUACUUCCAUCUCAUGUUCCUCCUUCUCCUUCAUAGUUGACACGAACCUGUGUAUUGCGAGCACGAGCCACCACCAGGCAUGGGGUCAAUGGCGGAAGAGGUUGGCGUCGACACGGACGAGGAAACGGAGACGGAUAGUGAGGAUUACACAGAUGAAGACGAAGACGAGUCCUCUCCUUAAGUCGAACAAUUACAUCCCGCACUACCAUCGUCGUCGUCGUCCUUGGCUCUUUUCCUAGUAGUAGAAAUGAAGCCAAGGACCUUGUUCUGAGGAGUGAGGAGUGUAAAAAUUCUGUAGCCUCUAAUCCCCUGAGCGCAAUGCUGAUAGACAGAAGCAAGAUAGGAGUCCCACAAAUAAAAGCUCAUCAGCGCAACCUCCUCCAAGUUCAAGCAGUACAACAGCCGAGACAACGACCUCCAGUACUACAUCAGGGCAACCUAGUGCAACAACUUCUCCUAGUACAGCUAGUCCAGCAGGGACCACAUCUGACAAAACGGGUGGCGCAUCAUCUUCCACAUCCUCUGCAGCAGGCGGUUCUAAUUAAGGCCAGUAUACUGUAGUUUUUUAUCACCUCCUUUGCUUGCUACAAGUUUUUUACACCGAAUAUAUUCGAAGAAGUACUAGAAGAAGAAUUCACAAUUAUGAGACACCGGACGGAUAUUUUCAUUAUUGCUGCUCCGGUUCCACUACUUCCAAAUCCAAAUUCUAUGUACUAUGUUUAGUAAGCUCCUGAUGUCAUAUAAUAAUAAAUAGAUGUAAUUCUUGAGUAAAUUCACUUUUAUUUCUAAUAUUUUUCCGGCACGACUACAUCUGCUGCCACUGCGAAUGGGACCAGCGCUGCUCCACCACAGACAGCGUAUCAGCGGCGAUUAGCCGAGCUUAUGGCUCAGUCAAAAGCAGAAGGACAGGCACUAGGAGGAGGCGUGCCGACCUCUGGUUCGUCACAAGUUAAGGCUCACAUUAGUAGAGUAUAAACAACUACAUUGAUGUGUUGACUAUGUAUUUAGCUCUAAACAGGCGUCGUCCGGAUCAAGUGGCGGGAGCAGCCAGCCUGACGCGGCACCGUCUUCCACAACGACUGCGACUAGCAGCAAGCGAGAUCCUGUGGAGUCGGGGAAAAAUGCCGUAAGCUCUUCUAGUGAGGAGCAAAGCGAGACUGUGGAGCCUGGUGCCGCAAAGACAACAGCUACGAAGCAAGUUAGUGCAGCAGCAAAACAAGCCAGUAAAAAGAAGAACAAGAAAGGCGCAAAAAAAUGACACGAGCAGGUGAACCGCAUAACUACAGGAGAAGAUGGAAGGAGAUCCCAGAAUGACGAGGAGAGCAAGCGGAUAGACGAAACGCAGAACAAGCUGGAGCAUUUACAAGCACUAGUGUGGAGCUUACCCUUCUCAGCCCUCGUCAUUUAUAAUGGAAAUAUCGUCGCCCCUGAUGUACCAACAGUUACGAGCGUCACAUUUUUCGCUAGAGGUUGAUUGUUGUUGUUCAGCGUGUCUGCACCUCGAGUUCAUCUUCCCCGACUUCUGUUUUUCCAGUAAGAACAUGUUGUUGCCCUUGGUACCCAUGCUGCAUAUCCUGCGCCUAACCGACACACCUUACUGCCCUUAUCAUGCGUACCCUCCUAAAAUCUUAGACAAUUUGAUUGCCUAGUCAUGAUGCCCCCUAUGUGCAGAUCAUUGUGCUUCUAAGGAGCAGAAAGUUGUUGGCGAUUUUGACAUGAACUUCAAUUUUUCUUACGUCAUACGUCUUGGCAUUGAAAUCUUCGAAUUAGAACGAUACCAUAUGAAUUAGUAAAUUCUCCAUGUACAACAACCUCUUUCUCUUACUUCUACAUCCUGGUGAAGAUCGUUAACCACUAAUAUCAAGAACAUCACGAUCACAGAUCAUAUAUUUAUAAAUCCUUCGUAAAAAUCUUCCUCGUACUUGUUUGCUACGAGGACCAUCAGAGCAUGGCUAGAAGAUGAGAAAAGUAAAUGUAGUACGACCAUCCUCGUGACUACACAGGAGCCAGCACAACUUAAUUGUUCAAAGAAACAAGGUUGUGUCUCAUUUGUUUCCAUGAAAAUUUCUCAUGUCGCGAAAGCAGAUUUGAAGAAGGUGAACUAGCAUUUUUUUUAUGCUCCUUCUGAUUGAUUCAUUUUUAUAUGGUAGAGAUGUGCUUGAUAUCGGACAUCCACAUUUA